AUGGAUAAUUUGGUAACUGCCCUUGAAAAUGAAAUUUGGGGAAAAUGUGAGGGAAGUUCACUGCCUCCUCUGUCUACUUCCACCUACACCGAUGAAAAAGAUGGAGCUCUCCUCCGCAAAGCUUUCCUUGGGCAAACUAUCUGCUACAUUGUAUCCGCUGUUGUUGUACAAGAAGGUCGGGUUUUGAUGAUGAGAGAAGCCAAAAGGUCUUGUCGAGGAACAUGGUAUCUGCCAGCUGGCAGAGUUGAGAAAAAUGAAUCUCUUAAAGAGGGUGUCAUAAGAGAAGUGCGAGAAGAAACUGGUCUCAACUUCCAGCCAAUUUCGAUCAUUUGCAUCGACUCUCAGGAGACAUAUUGGUUUCGCUUCACUUUUGUCGGAAAUAUCACAGGAGGAAAGCUUAAAAGCUUAGAGGAGCAGGACUCGGAGUCCAUGGAAGCUGGCUGGUUUACACCAAAUGACAUUUUUUCCUCCCUUGUUCUCAGAGCGGGGGACGUUCGUCCUUUGAUAGAUGCCGGGAUGAAAUGGUACGAAACCAAGCAAGGAAACCCCAUUUGUAGAUCUCUGCCAGUUAAAAAACCCCACAAAAAUAUAAUUUUCAGAUUGGUGGUAGUUAAAACGCAGCCAAAAGAUUGCAAGAAAUCCUUGUUUUGUGUUCUGAUGAAUAACAAAUUUGGGGAUAAAUCUAAUUCCCAUUUUCCGUACAGGAUUGUCAAUAAAUUUGAUAGCAUGAAUGUCACUUCUGCGGUUGAAGAGUUAAUGAGAGACAUUAACAGUGGAAUUACAUACAAAACACAUGGCUACCUCAGUGUGGAACACACUGGAAAGCCUUCAGGAGAUGUGGAUGGGCUUUGUCUUACACUCCUUGUAGAAAUAUUCAUACCAUUGGAGGAUGGCAUUUUAAAUGACAGUUAUAGCUGGUUUGAGGUUAAAGGACAGGAUCUCAUAAAUAACAUUUGGGAGCUCAUUGAUAAAGGCUGUGUAGAGCUUGUACAAUGCUAA